UGAUCCUGCAGAAGAAAAAAAAAAAUUGGAUGAAGCAGUAAAAAAAAGGGCUUACCGCACCGUCUUUUAGCUUGUUUAAUUGACAGGAAUGAGUGAAACAGAAGAUCCCCGACUGCCUGACAAGCAUCGGUCUUCGGAACCGAAGGACAUUGACAACGAACAAGACAUUCAAUCCACGCUAUCCGCUGUUCAAUCAAACGAUGCCAUCAAAUUCAUCAAAGGUCGCAUCAUCGCUACCAAUCGUUUGCUGCGCACCCUUGAAACAGCUAAGAAGGAGUCGAGCGAAGAUAAAGCUCGAAUUGCCAGCUUGGUUGAAGAAGUGGCGGCGUUGAACCAGAGCAAGCUGGAACUCGAGAAGGAACUGACUACGGCGCGAAUCGAUCUUGGCCGCCUUCGUGAAACAUCCAUCAAUGUCGAAUCUCAGCUCUCGGCGCGUGUGCAAGAAGUAGAAGCGCAGCUAAAAAAGUCUACCGACCGCGAACGCCAAGUGGAACCAGUCAAACAAAAUAACGGCAAGGAAGAUUUUCUUGUUGUCCAGUUGAAGGCCAGAGUCGACGAUUUGCAGGAGCAACUGAAAGAAAGCGAACAAAAGAUUCGCAAGAGAGCCAAUGCCGCCGCUAAGAGCAAAGAUGAGGAAAUCGCACGGUUAAAACAGGAACUGGCCAAGAAAGAAAGCGAAGCGAAACGCGCCGGUGAUGAGUUCAUGGAAAUCGAAGUUAAAAAUAUGAUGCUCGAGAGCGAUCUAACCGAAGCCAAGGAGGAUUUGGAGGCAGCUCAUAGCGAAUUAAACACACUACGGGAGGAAAUGCGUGUAUUGAAGGAACACGAAAAUAUAACGAACGACCAAAAUGACAACAAUACUCAUGAAGCACUUGUCGCAGCCCAUCGAGAAAUCACUGUGCUUCGAAACGAACUCGGCCAUAGAUACCAAGAAAACAAGAAACUGGCAGCCAAAUUGGCGAAAAAUGAAGAUCACUUAUCCAAACGCGAUGCCAUGGAAACCGAUAACGAUGUAAAUAAUGCAAACGGCCAAGUGCUGCACCUCCGCUCAAAAGAUAGACGCUCUGUUACUCCUGCUGGUCAGGGCCAACAACACCUGAUGAAUGAACUGAGGCGGUUGAUGGAAGAAAAUGCCAAGCUUCAUAAACAAAAGCGUGUAUUGCAAGAAAAAUUAACCGAACAAUUGGUGAUUAAUGCAGAAUCCCAAGCAGCUUCACUUUCAUUUCCAAGCUCGUCGCCGUCCUACCUCGUUUCAGAAGGAAGGCGCAUAUCCUACGACAAUGACUAUGAUAAGUCUUUUGAUGCUGGCAGCGUCGAUUUCCCCGCCUCAGUUUCUGACAUCUCACGCACUUCAUCUCGUUUCGAAGAAAAUGGACCUAAAUAUGCUGUCUGCGAUAAAACGCUCAAGCAGCAGUUGCACACUACACUUCCAGUGACCUCUUCACGACCUCAAACCGCGCGUAGCUCUCCUACACCGUCACCUUGCAGUCCUCUUCUUCAAAGCAAUCCACCACCGGCUUUUAAACGAAGUCUUUCCAUUGACACCAAUCCCAGCACGUCCUCUGCUUCCAGUUCUUCUGCGCUUCCUGCCGUCUCUUCGCCUGCUACACAAACUACGCCAUCCACAGGUGUGCCCACUACCGCCUCUACCAAUACCCUCACCAAAACAUCAUCAGCAGCAGCGAUGAAUGCUUCGACAAAGGCACUUUUGCGCGAUCAAUCUAUGGUCGUCCCGGAAUCCAGUGUCACCGUGCCAUCAUCUUCAAAGAUGACCAGAAAAGCCCGACCGUCAAAGCUGGAAAAGUUUGCAAAAGCCCGUUUACCGAGCAGCAUGGCGUCUCUUAGCCGUAAACGUACAACACCCACUCCAGAGAAAGCAUCCUCGGCCAGCGAAAAGAGAACGACUAAACGAGUGAAAAUGACUCCAAUUCCAGAAUCCGAGUCUAAAAUUGUCCCUAACACAGAUACAGUGACUUGUAGUGCUCAAGGCACGUAUCGAAGAAUUUGCAAAAGAAACGCCAGAUUAUAUUUCCCAGCAUUUCGAUGAGAUGAACGAAUUAGCGAAAGACAAACUCGAUUUGUUACUUGCAUGUCUGGAUGGCUUUUAUCAAUCACUCAAGAGCCACGGUAAUCCUAUCUCGAAGAACACAACCUUCACAUAUCUCCAAUAUGGUAUAACGAAUUACAUGCUGACCUGUCCGACGUGGUGGGAUCAUCGAGAAAGGAACAUUGCCU